GCCUCCAAACUUUCGCCUUUGUUCAAUCCCUGUGUUCAUCUAACCAUGGGUUUGGUAGUUUAAGGGGGCGCUGCUCGGGUUGCUGUCUAGAGGGGUGCCAUCACAUGACCACGUCAGGUCACAUGGAGGAAUUUCCUGGUUUUUCACAUGAAUUUGGGGACCUCUAGGGACACCAGUUGUCCAUAAAGAAAAAGACUGCUUCAGAAUUAUCUGAAACCACAGCAACUUUUCUUUUCCACUUUUCAAGGUCCAAGAAAACACUUUGGAUUGGCCUGUCACACCUGGGAUCUACCCGCCGUUCUCCUCCAACUGGAACAUCUUACAUCUUGCUCAUCUUGCUGAGAACCCACUGGACAAAAAGCCUGGACUGACCUCUUCGCAGCUCUUGCUAAAACAUUUGGUGCUGCUGGUGUCUACAUCCCAAGCUCACUCUCAGAGUUGAGGGCUUUCAUGUGUAUCUGAGCUCAUCUGUGAAGGUCGCUGAAGCCAUGGUGCUGCUGAAGAUGAAGUUCACCCAGCAGCGCAGGGUGCGUCUGGCUCAGGGGCUGUGGCUCCUGUCCUGGCUGGCCGUGGUAUGUGGGGCCUUCAUCUCUUCUCUCGGACUGUAUCUGAAGACAGAGCUGCUCCGGAGAUCAGAGGUGAUGGACAACUCAGAGAUCCACUUGGUACCAAACAUACUGAUAAUGGUGGGCCUGGCCUCCAUUGGAACCAACUGGGUGGCCGGUCGAAUGUGCCAGGACUCACUGGAUGCAAGUCGUUUUCCACGCUGGAAGGUUUUCCUGCUGCCCUGGUUUAUAGUCGCUGCCACUCUCUGCUACCUGCUCAUGGCAGUUGUUGUGCUGAGCUACGUCCUGCAGGGCUCGCUGGAGGAGUCACUGAAGGUGGGUCUGAGAAAUGGCAUCCGGUUCUAUAAAGACACAGACGUACCCGGCCGCUGUUUCCAAAAAGAGACCAUCGAUCGUCUGCAAAUGGAGUUCCGAUGCUGUGGAAACAGCAAUUUCAAAGACUGGUUCGAGGUUCAGUGGGUCAGCAACAGAUACUUGGACUUCACCUCCAAGGAUGUCAAGGAUCGUAUCCGCAGCAACGUGGACGGCCGCUACCUUCUAGAUGGAGUUCCUUUCAGCUGCUGUAACCCGGUCUCUCCGCGCCCCUGCAUGCAGUACCACCUGACCGACAACGGCGCCCACUACAACUACGAGUUCCAGUCCGAGGAGCUGAACCUGUACAGCCGGGGCUGCAGACAGGCUCUGAUCGACUACUACAUGGGCCUGAUGAACUCCACUGGUCCCGGCGUUCUGUCUGUCAUUAUCAUUCAGAUGUCGGUGCUUUUAAGCCUGAGAUAUCUGCAGACCUCUGUGGAAGCGGCUAUGUCUCUUGAGGAUCCCGACGGCGACAGUGAGGGUUAUCUCCUGGAGAAGGGGUUGAAAGAAACCAUUGAGGACCUGAAAGUCAAAGCCCUUGUCCUGCUGAAGUUUGGCCGGGUUGACCCCUCCGCCGCAGCUGGGGGAACCACAGAUGCAGGGAAGGAAGAUAACACCGCAGAGAAAGCUGCCACCCCGACUCCAGCCAGCUAGAGGGAAUGGAUCGCAGAUAUGGUGAGGAGCGAGUUGGUGUGCGCGUGAGUGGGAAGAUUUCGGCUUCUCGCUCCACCAAUGCUGAAGGGAAAACAAGCUUUCAAGAUUGUGACAGUGUCUGAGAAUCGGUUGGGGCAUGAGUAGUACUUUGUGUCAUAGCUAGAAGAGAAUCUGAUCAGUUGAGAAACAAGAGUAGCACACGCGCACGAUACACUUACAUCCUCACGUAACCCAAAACACUCCAGCAGCUUUCACUGUGUUCUGACAAAUGUGUACUGCAAUGUGGUGUGUAGGAAAUUCAUCACUGGCAUUGUAGGAGGCCAAUACUAAUAAUAAAGGUAGACAUUUGUAACA